AUGCCGGGCGCCCCGGCUCUCCGCCCCGGCUCCUCGGCCUCUUCCUUGCCGACCGCCCCCGGCGGCCUGGGCGCCCGCGCGUCCCGCGGGACUCGGCUGCAGCUGCGCGCCGGGGGUCGUGGCUGCCCCCGGGAGGUCCGCACGCCCUCAGGACUUGCGCUGGCUGAUCCGCCGAGGAGUCCCGGGCCGGAGGGACCGGGCGGGAACGUGCGGAUUCGCCCCCGGUCCCGGGACAGCGCGGCGGGGCCAGCGCUCCGGGGUGGGGCUCGGCCGAGCUCGGGGCAGCGCCGGGGGCGGCGGGGCUGGGGUAGGAGAGGGGCUCCGGGCCGCCGGCGGGACGUUCCCAGCUCUGGGCUCCCCUCGGCUCGCUCGGGCCCAGCUGGGCCCGCUCGGGUCGCCGCCCCCGCCCCCCGCGCGCCCGCGCCCUCUCUCGGCCCGCGCGCGUUCCUAGGGCGCCACCUCUUUGCGACUUGCUCACUUCUCCGGCAGGUUUCCCUGAGAGCGUGUGAACAUUGCCCAGCUCGGCUUUCAACUCGCUUCCAACCUGCACCGCCCGGCCAGCAUGCCUCCCCGGCCGUGAAGCGGGGCCGCCGCCGCCCCUCUGCGCCGCUGGUAACCCGCCCUCGCCGCCACCUGGCCCUCCUGAUAGACGACACACGCACUUAA